AUGCCGCGGCCCAAGAGAGGACGACCUCCCGGACCUCGCGCGGGCAACGAUGCUGUCGUGAUACCCUCGACCGCAGAGCCAGCCAGCAGCUCCAGUGUCGUUCUCGAAAACAAGACAGAAACAACUCGCCGCCCUCGAGGCCGCCCUAGGAAGAUACGAUCUGUCGCGCAACUCAACAUUGACGAUGACGAUUCCAUCGACACGGCAAACCAGAGUCGUGACACAGCGCUCAACGGACUCGUCAACGACGAUGCGACUACAACAAGCGAAAGGAGAGCAACCCGUGCAAGCUCAAGAAGCUCAGUAGAGCUUGGCCGAUUCACGGCGUCGACACCUAAUUUUAAUGAACGGGAUAACAGCGGAUUGGAUCUUGGCGACAGUGUCUUUGGCGAUUUGGAUGACAGCUUUGCGGACGGCCCUGGGUCAGCGCGCUCGGCAGACAUUUCAAAUAUGUCAUAUAGCGCUCUCCGGACUCAGUCACGUAGGUCUAGUUUCAUAGGAAGAAACGACCCCCCGAUUCGACCAAGCAGCCGGAGUGGUACUACCCCUAGAGUCGGAUCCUCAUUCAACAUUGGCCUCUUCAAGCGGCGCGCACGGGAGCCUAGUAUUUUGGGAACUAGCCGGGAGCCUCUUGAAGAACCUCCGACUGCCGGCCAGGAUUCUGGUGUUGACAGUGAGGACGAUUUUGAGCCUGAGGCUGAAUCCACCCCUUUGAAAAACCGCCGCCGAACACAAGGAAACGAUGAGAUUAUAGAACCAGAGUCGCCGGAGGAGGCCGAGUCCUCGAAUCCAAGAAAACGAAAGAGUUUGGAAACGCAGCAAAACAACACACGCCCAGAGAAAGUGUCGCGUACGGAGCCCGGUUCAUCUAGACAGCGUCGAGAGAGGCAUUCAUCAGAACUGCCAGAUGCCCCUCCAUUCCUUGAGCAGGAUCAGAUAGACGAGACGAGCGAAUCAGAAAUAUCAGACGUGUCUUCACCUCGGGGACCUCCCUCCAGGCUCCCUCCACGUCCAGUUACACCAGUCAAUCAAGCGGAAAUCGCAGCGCCGCCCGCGAGUAGCGGAUCAGAGGCAUCUGAUGUGUGGCCGGAUAUUCGAUCGCUGGCAAAGAAACGCCGUAGACCUUCCGCCGUUACCACCCCUACACGCCUCGACAAUCUCUCUGAUAUAUCUUCACCUCCUUCUUUAACACAUUCGCCAAACUACGAUGCAGCCAAGACUGGCAAGACACGUGGUCGGCCACCGCGGAGCCAGCAAACUUCGCCUAAGAUGACUACGGCUGAUCUUACAAGCCUGCUCCCCAAGCGGCGUUACAAGAAGCAGCGCGACGCCCUCGGUCUAGAAAGUGAUGAAGAGCUCGAUACCUCGGGGUUGGGCAACGGAGAUGAUGAAUUGUCUUAUCUGGACACUGAAACUGCCCGCAGGCGAAAAAGAGGUCGGCCACCUACUAGAGCUGCUGGCUCCCGCUCUGCCUCUCGAGGCGGUAGGGCAGGUGGUUCGUCGAAACAAGCUAGGUCUGCAUCACGCCGUCAUUCCUCCGACAAGGAAAAUGCAGGAGAUGGGAGCAGAGGCGGUGAUGAGGAUGAGGAUGAAGAUGAGCAAGGAGAGGAACAAGUGAGCCGAUUUAUUCCUCUGGCGGACAAUACAUUCGACGGUGCCGUAGAGGAGGCAGACGCUGCUCUUACAAACGCUGCAGAACUGAAAGAGGCGAGCAAAAAGUUUAAAGAGGUAGACAGGUGGGAGCUAGAUUUUGAGGAAGUGGCCGAGCCGUCUUCACCACAAGACGGAAGAUGA